AUGAUAAUAUGUACAUCAUUAGCAGAAAAGUACAGGCAAAUAAAUAGAGGGAUAGCGAAAGCCAUUAAAACGAAUGUACAAAAUAUUGCAUUUUGGAAGAAGGUACGACAGGAUUACGGAAGCGUUUUUAAGUUAUGCCAAGCAGUGGAUGAUCAUAUAAGCAACUUGCUCAUUUUGUCUUUUGCUAAUAAUAUACUAGUUAUAUUAGUUCAGUUGUAUAACAGUAUAAAGUUAUUAAGAGGUAAUAGUAGCGGAAUUGAUCGUGUGCAUUUCAUAUAUGCAUUCCUUUACAUAAUUUGUCGGGCAACUGCAGUUGCACUGUUCGCCGCAAGCGUCAACGAAGAAGGUAGUGCAACAUUGAAGCACCUGUUUAAUGUUUCUACAGAAGCUUAUAAUGUUGAGGUAGAGAAGCUGCUCCAACAAAUUUAUGUAGAUCCGCCUCUUAUAACAGGGAAGAGGUUCUUUUAUUUAAAGAAACCUUUAAUUAUGCAUAUUGCCGUUGCAAUCGUGUCGUAUGAGUUAAUUCUCAUUCAGUUUAAGGUAAUUACCUAGCAAAUCUUGUGUAAUAUAGAAAAGUGGUCAUUAAAUUGUAAGGAUG